AUGCUUGAGCCAUCCGACCUGACCUUACACGAUGAACCUUCUUGGGGCCAGCCACCUUCUGAUCCUAUGUCUGAAAAUGUGACACCUCCACUGACAGAUACUAUAAAUGACGAUGCGGAGGAUGACGAGUCUUACUUCCCGAUCAAGGAGCUGUGGCAUGGCACAGCGUCAGCAUGCACAUUUUUGCAUGUGGACUACUAUGAAGAGAUGCAGGCAGCUCUUCAGCGAGGAGAGUCGCUGUUUUCCUGUCCCUUACCCCCCAGCUCUGAUGAGCUGGGUAUGGAGACAGAUGAUAUUGACAUGAACCUUGAUGAUGGUCUCGAGCCGGACAAUCAUGGAAUAGACCUUUCAGGUAAGGCCAUUCUGAAUUGGGCAACUGCGCUCGGGGCAACAGGUGUCCCCUCACUUCAUAGUCUCCGGAAGGCACAGGAUAGGAUCAAGGAACUCGUUGGAAACCCGACUGAGAAAGUUACUGCGGCCUCUGGCAAUAUUUUUUAUAUCAACUCGGUAGGCAAGGCCAUCACAAAAGAUUAUUCCAAUCCACUCACGCAACUGACUAAGUGGGACUACCCCGAGGAUGGUCAAGGUCGAAUGUCGCAGAUUCACCAUGGCGAGAAAAUGCUUCAUGGUCUUCCCGACAAUCUUGCAACACCGAGUGUUCAUGUUGACGGGAACAUAUUCUUUGUCGAUGAGCUCCUCCAACAAAUGUCGAAAGACUAUUUUAUUCCUAAGAAGUUCUUUCAGGCGCAGGUAUCUGCUGACCAUGACGCUGAAAUAUUGUCUUUGGGACAUUCUGUCACUUGGACAGAGGAGGGAUUUUCAGUUGAUCCUGAACAGGUCAUCACACCAGUAUCAACGUUCUCGCGCACCUUCAAGGAUAUUCAAGCUUGCUCUAAGGAGUUUUCAUGCGGCUUUACAGGUGGCCGCAUGGUCUUAAGCGUCCCGCUCAUCGUCUUCAUGGAUGAUGUAUCGGGAAAUAUCUCAAAGCAGUGGAAUAAACACCACGUCGUAUAUAUGUCGAAUGCUGCCAUGCCCUAUAACGGUGUUAUUGCGUGGGAUUGUAAAUACCACGAAGAAGUCAUGCUCAUCCCUCACAGUAUCUUCACGGCAGGCCGAAGAAUGCAGCCAUGGCGGGCUGAGGUGCAAUUUUUUUGCCGGACGUGCAAAGUUGGUGGCAUGACUGUAGACAAGAAGUCUGAUGCGGGUUACUGUAGUAUAUUCAAGUCCGCUGAACUUCGAACACCAGAGGAAACGCUGGCGCAGGUAAAAGAGCAGGUCGAGCUUGCAAAACUGCCUGGUGGAACCACCAAAAUUCAGAGUGCUGUGGCAUCAACAGGGACCCAAUAUGCAGCUACAUCGGCGAUCAUAAAUUGCCUUCUUGAGCUUGGAAAACAGCUUCGCAAACGUGAGGCCGGGAAGCCUCCCAUUUCUGAAGCAGAUGUUUGUGUACAGCUUGACCUACUUCUGGGGCCAGACAGUAUGGAUACUCGAUAA